GGCUUCAGCAGCCUUGGAGAAGCAUCAGCUGAGAGCAGCUAUCACAUGGGAGCCGCUCAGCAAAGUUGGCCGUAUGAGCAGCCUGAAAGAUCGGAAGUCACAGAGUGAGCCGUUGUUAGAUCUGGGACUAGAAACCAACACUGUGCUCCUUCUGCUCCCUGCCAGCUCCUGAGGUGAUGGGAAGUCAGAAACUCACAUAAGCCACGUUGAAACUGAGGCGCUGUUCUGAAGCUCAGUUGGACCCUUUGAAAGGGGGACAGAGGCUCCAGAAGCUCCAGAUCACAGUCCCUGAAAGGGAAGUGGGGUCUGGCGAAGAGAAAGAAGGAAGCGGAAUGGGAGCCAGAGAUCUCUCAGAAGAUGGGGUGCUGAAAGUUUGAGGCUCCUGUCUGUCUCCUGAUCUGCCCAGCUGCCGAGUUGCACCCUGACCUGCGCUUCCUCUCUCCAGAAAGAUGAGCCGUUGAGCCCUCAGCUGCUGGUCUGGUGCCCUGACGCCUCUUCUGACCUCUCCCCUCCUCCCAGAUUGGGAAGCCUGGGCCUGGGCUGGCCACCUCAGGGUCACUGGACUAGGAUGGGGGAUGGGCCUGUGACAGGAGGUGCCCUGGGUGUCCUCUUUCGGCCCCAUGGAGUCCUCACCCAGCCCCCAAUCAUCAGGGAACUCUUCCACUUUGGGGAAGGUCCCUCAAACCCCAGGUCCUUCAACUGCCAGUGGGGUCCCCGAAGUGGGGCUGCGGGAUGUGGCUUCGGACUCUGUGACCCUCUUCUUCAUGCUCCUGCUGGACUUGACUGCCGUGGCUGGCAAUGCCGCUGUGAUGGCUGUCAUCGCCAAGACACCAGCCCUCCGCAAAUUUGUCUUUGUCUUCCACCUCUGCCUGGUGGACCUGCUGGCUGCCCUGACCCUCAUGCCUCUGGCCAUGCUCUCCAGCUCUGCCCUCUUUGACCAUGACCUCUUUGGAGAGGUGGCCUGUCGCCUCUACUUGUUCCUGAGUGUUUGCUUUGUCAGUCUGGCCAUUCUCUCAGUGUCAGCCAUCAAUGUGGAGCGCUACUAUUAUGUGGUCCACCCCAUGCGCUAUGAGGUGCGCAUGACUCUGGGGCUGGUGGCUUCUGUGUUGGUGGGCGUGUGGGUGAAGGCCCUGGCGAUGGCUUCUGUGCCUGUGUUAGGAAGGGUCUCCUGGGAGGAGGGAGCUCCCAGCGCCCCCCCAGGCUGUUCACUCCAAUGGAGCCACAGUGCCUACUGUCAGCUUUUUGUGGUGGUCUUUGCUGUCCUUUACUUCUUGUUGCCCCUGAUCCUCAUCCUUGUGGUCUACUGCAGCAUGUUCCGUGUGGCCCGCGUGGCUGCCAUGCAACAUGGGCCCCUGCCCACAUGGAUGGAGACACCCCGCCAACGCUCUGAGUCUCUCAGCAGCCGCUCCACCAUGGUCACCAGCUCGGGGGCCCCUCAGACAACCCCACACCGAACGUUUGGGGGAGGGAAAGCGGCAGUGAUCCUCCUGGCCGUGGGGGGCCAGUUUCUGCUCUGCUGGUUGCCCUACUUUUCUUUCCACCUUUAUGUGGCCCUGAGUGCUCAGCCCAUUUCCAUGGGGCAGGUGGAGAGUGUGGUGACCUGGAUUGGCUACUUCUGCUUCACUUCCAACCCCUUCUUCUAUGGGUGUCUCAACCGGCAGAUUCGCGGGGAGCUCAGCAAGCAGUUCGUCUGCUUCUUCAAGCCUGCUCCAGAGGAAGAGCUGAGGUUGCCCAGCAGAGAGGGCUCCAUUGAGGAGAACUUCCUGCAGUUCCUUCAGGGGACUGGCUGUCCCAAUGAGUCCUGGGUUCCCCGACCGCUCCCCAGCCCCAAGCAGGAGCCACCUGCUGUUGACUUUCGAAUUCCAGGCCAGAUAGCAGAGGAGACCUCUGAGUUUCUAGAGCAGCAACUCACCAGUGACAUCAUGUCGGACAGCUACCUCCAUCCAGCCCCCUCACCCCGACUUGAGUCAUGAUAGACUGCCAGAUUCUUGGAGGGAGAUGGAGCUGGUAGCCAGUUAGGGCUGCAAGGACCACCUCAUAGGAGCAUCAUUUCCCAGCUGGUGGGGCUGGGCCUAGGUCUCUGUACACAGCUUUGACAGUGUUUUCUGGGUCAGGAAGAAGAUGAACAUGUGGCCUGGACUUGGCUGUGAUUCUUGACCACUGGGUUUUGGUGAAAUGGAGAUGAGAGUAAAAGGUUACAAAACUGAGACAAUGGUACUCAGUCACAGCACUUUAAAUGUCUCAGGGAGCAGGGAAACUCUAAGCAUAGAAGUUGGAGCAUAUAGGGUGACAGGAAAGGCUGGGAGUUAUUCCUGGGAUGUUCGGGUACUUCUUUUCUCAGUGUAAUGGUCCAGGGAAGUAAUUUCAUCCAAGCAAGGUAAGAAAAUGAUUCAUGUUUUCUUGUUUCCUUGCUGGUUUUAAAAUGAAUUUGAUUACAGCCCAAGUGUUUCCAUUUGAGUUAAUAGAUCCUUUUCCUAGAUUUAGACCUGAGAGCUCCUUGAGGUGAGAGGACCAGCUGGGUCUGUUCCUUUCCUGAGUUUGGCCGGAAGCAAGGGGAAGUAGCAAUCAGGUUCUAUAGAGGAGAGAAAAGCUGGCUGCAGUGCUCUCUCUAGGAGAAGCUCUUCUGUUCUGGUUUUCUGCCUUUUCUCCUACAUGUGGAGAUCAGCAUUGGCUUGAUAUCAGCAGAAACAAGAGUAAGGCAGGAUGGCCCUUUCUCUUUGGCGUCUAGGAUGAAGGGAAUAUAAAAAAGGGGAGUUUGAUGGAUGAAGGAGAUUACACUUGGAAUUGCUAAAGAGGCUGGCUACAGAGAAGCCGGUAAUUUCCCUGACAUAAUAUUGCAAAUAUUCCUCCCCACCCCUGCCACCUCCCUCUCAGACUGACCUCCCUGAUUUCUCUCUUCAUCGCAGACUCACCUCCAGCCCCUUGGAUAAAUUGGGUAUAGGAAACUAAGGGUUGGGUAUAGGAAGUAUGGGGUUUCCAUAGUCCACUAAAUGCCUCCCUUCUUUCCAUUCCUUGCUCUCAAAAUUAGCUUUGAUACUGACAAAGACCUAAAAUUUCUCUCCUAUCAGCAGCCCUGAUUUGGAGAAUGCACAGGAAUUGGUCUUGGUUGUUCACUCACUGAGCCUGCAGUAACUUUGUUGGUUAGUGGAAGUUGGUAUUUAUGAACUAAGGGAAUAAUUGCGGUCUCUGGACAGGCCACUAUCCAAGCCACUUCCCUUAAUUGAAUCAGGUAUCAUUUAUGGUUUAAGGCCGGAUCAGAGGGUGGUGUGGCUUGUAAUUGAACAAAUUUUUGAUUUACCGAAUAUCAAAGGGGAAGAUGGGCUGAUGGGAAUGGAAUAGUUUCCCCUUUGAACAGCCAAUAAAUACUUUGUUAUAAAAAGUCAUCCUGAUAUCAGCAUUGACUCUUUUAGUUUAAUCUAGUACAAAAUAGUUGAAUACCCAAUAUUCUCUGGGACCCAUCCAGAAGAUUAUGGUCAUUGCUCUCAGGAGUUCAUAGCUUAAUUUUAUCAGAUGCCUUGCUUUUUUAAACAGAGCGUUUAAUUUAUAUGUGGUCUUUGGAAUGUGUUUGAGAAAUAUAUCGAAGAACAUACAUAUAGUUUGAAUGUUUAAGAAUUCAGUCUAUUUUAGCACGAUAUCUACAUGGAGCCUUCUUGCAGAUUGUGGAAAGAGGGCUAUAAAUGGAACUCUAGUUAAAAUAAUUAUUUGAUGAAACUGGUCAAAAGUUUCUCUCUUAGAUAGAAGAAAAAUAUCAAGGUUUCUGUCUUCCUAUCACUAGACUUACUCUAGUAGAGUGCCUAUUACAUUGAGGAAAUCUGCGAUAGAAUACAAACUGAGGAGAGUCUUUGGUAACAGGAACACAUCUUCCCUCCUCCCUUUUAAGAUAAAUUUAGAAUGGAGGGCCCUCAUUCUUAGAUAGGAAAUUGUUUCCAAACAUUAGUGAUUAGCUUGGUAGGCCCUAAAUGUUGCCGGCAGAUGGCAGUGUGAGUUCAUUGGAGACAGAAUGGUCCCGGACAUGGUAGGGGAGGGAAUGGAAUCAAACACUAUUUGGCAGCCAUCUUGUCAAUUUGUCUUGCCUUUUCCUUUAACUUUUGCCCUGAAACAACCCUUCCUUCACAUACAUCACAGAAGAAAGCCCUUUGAGCUGAAUUUAAGUGAAAGGGCAUUCUCAAUUUAAAUUGAAAUUUCCUGACACUGUGAUCUCACUUGGCACUCCUUUCUGAAUUUGACACAUAUGGGUGCAGCGGUCAUUUACUCUUCCCUCUUAAGUGGAUGUGGUAGGAAGUAAAAAAUUCUAUCAAGGGGGCUGGAGUGAUAGCAUAGCGGGUAGGGCAUUUGCCUUGCACGCGGCCGACCCGGGUUCAAAUCCCAGCAUCCCAUAUGGUCCCCUGAGCACCGCCAGGGGUGAUUCCUGAGUGCAGAGCCAGGAGUAACCCCUGUGCAUCGCCAGGUGUGACCCAAAAAACCAAAAUAAAUAAAUAAAUAAAUAAAUAAAUAAAAUUUCUAUGAAGGGGAGAACUUUCCCAUCAGUUUCUGCCUAGACCACCUUCUAUGAGUUUAUUCUACUCACUGGUGUUGUAUGGUGAAGUUCACAAAUAAUUGUUGGCUCUGACUUCAGUUUCUGGAUGAAACAUGACCUUCUCUAACCUACAAGAAUUAACAGGCUGAAGCAGCCACGAAGUCCUGUCUCACUUCCCUGCUCCCUGGUGGUGGUGGGGUAAAUCACAACUCUAGAUGAAAGCCAUCUGCUGUUAGGACUCUGCAGGUAGCAUCUUAGAGUGGAAUGGUAGAAAAGGGCUUUACUAGGCAUCAGAUCUGCUUGUGGAAUUGUGAAAGACGUUUAAUUUCUGAGCUGGAUUCAUUCCCUCAUCUGUGAAAAUGAGGAUGACAUCUCCUACCUCACAGGGUUGUUGUGAGGCCCUGAGAGGGGACUUGAACUCAGCUGUGCCUGGCAAAUAGACAUUAAAUAAAUAUUAGGUUCUCUUC